CCAAUGAGCGAAACCACUGGGUCUUCACAUCUCCAACAACUACUGGAUUCAUUCCGCUCUUCGCUGGAUGAUUCUCUUAUCGUUGCCAUCGCGGGUGACUAUGACCUCUCCACUGUAACCGGCUACGAGGGAGCUCGUUCCAUUUUGGACAGCCUCGCACAACAUGCAGCCAUUGAGGAAGCCAGUAGUCUGGAUCCCGAAGGUGUUUUUGGAUAUAUGGGGCAUAAUGACCUAUCUACGAUAGAUGAUAAGGCCCCUACACCAGAGGUCAGCCAGGGCAAUCGUGAGAUCCCAGACGCAAGGUCGAAUGACGAUGAAAUCGCGGCUCUAUCACCUUUCAACGCUAGCAGUACCGUGGAUGGAGAAUUGACCAAGGCUGAGUCAAUUGAAAGCGACGUGGCACAGCUCCAGGCUCUAUUCCCCGAGGUAAAGAGUCUUGAUAUUCGACAAGCCCUCGUUGACGCAAAUGGUGUUGUUGCUGCUGCGUUGGACACCUUACUUAGCGUACAAUACCUUCAAUCUACUCAACAGCCCGCCUCGGCAAAUGCACCGCUCGACAACCACGAAUUUGGACCACAGCCUGCCAGCAAGACCGGUCAGCGAACUGGGUACGACAAGCAGAAGAAUGAGGCCAGUUUGGGCGAUCCCAAUCGGGCGAGAACUCCGGCAGCCAUUGCCUAUAUAGCAGAGCGGUUGCACAUGUCCACAGAAGAGGUCUCUAUUAUGUAUGCUGAGAACGGAAAUUCCAAAAGUGCAACUGUGAUUGGAAUUCUGGAUCAGCACCUCAUACAAGACCUCAAGCCUCUAACGAGUGGAGAGAAGAAGGCAGUGGGCGACCUCAGGCAAAAAUAUCGCAAUGUUCCGGAAGACUAUCUGGCAGUCAUCAUUCAAAUAACUGGACCGACGUCUGCACAUUCUCUAGACCUUGCGGCGUUGGCCAACUCAUAUUUCACGAAGAAGUCAAUGAAUCGGAAACUCGAUUUGGGUUAUCGGUUGACACCGCUACCACACGAGGAUAUCGAAGGGCUGACAGACAUGGCUACCAAUAAGCCAGCGGACAGAAGAGGGGCUUCCCAGCGGCCAAACCCAAUGGCAAAGACAGAUGUUGAUCUCACUCGGAUACUGCAGACAUCAAGCUCACUACAGAAGCAAAGACAGGAUGCCAUAGCAUCUGCGGCAAGUCUCUAUCGACGGGGAUCAUCAAAUCCGCUCUAUCGGCAAGCAGCGGGCUAUUAUGCACAAGAAGCUCGCGAACAUGCCAGGCGUGCUCAGGAGUUAACAUCAGCCGCAGCAGACGUACGUGUGAAUCAACAAAGUACUGAUACAACAGUUGAUUUGCAUGGCGUUUCUGUUAUUGAUGGAGUUCGAAUCGCUCGUCAACGUACUGUAGAUUGGUGGCAGGCCCUACGUAAAUCACGAGAACAGCAACUUCCAGAGCAAAGCCUCACUAUUAUAACAGGAGUAGGCCACCAUAGUACCAGGGGGGUAUCACCACUUCGGAAAGCUGUAGCUGCUGCUCUGAAACGGGAUGGAUGGAAAUUUAGAGUAGAGACAGGCAAGUUUAUUAUUACUAAUAGAGAAAGGUAA